AUGGAAUCUUCACACUCGAUGCAUCCUCCCCACCCAAUGGGACAACAAUCCUUUUUCUAUUACACCCCAGACCCUAAUGCAGACCGUCGGCAGCACGGCAACUUCGCCCCACACCCUAAUGCAAUGCACGGUGGCAUAGCAAUGCAUCAAUACCAGCAACAGCUCUACCAUCAUGAAAUGAUGAUGCACGGACAGUACCCUGUGUUCGCUCCGUUGCCCUCGUCCGGCCCGUCCAUGUACCAGCCUCAGAAGUCAAUGCUCGCCAUGGCAUCUCCUCGUCCCAUGCAGCAGAAGCCGGCUUUCUUAUGCCAAUAUGAAGGCCAGCAGCUUUCAGUGAACACCGAGUGCAGCACACCGGAUCUUUACGUUUACCCAUCGACACCACCGCUUUCUUUCUCUGGGAGUGCCUCCAACAGCCCACCAUCAACUUGUGGUGUUCUGCCCACUCCAGUAACGGGUGCAUACAUGGGACUUGAGAAGAACAUCGAGGGCGUCAAAGAGGGAUGCCAAAGUGAUGUGCAGAGUGAAAUUCUCGCUGGCGGGGAUUGGACUCGAUGUUGCUCACCACCAUUGACACCUGUGUUUAUCCACCCGCCUUCGGUAACGGCUAGCCAAGCCUCCGACCUCCUUUCCAUCAAUUCUUGUCCUUCACUUUCUCCUUCACCGUCACCAAUCUCGCGAUCCAGCACUACCACUUCCACUACCGAUUUUGAUUUUUGUGAUCCUCGCAAUCUAUUUGUCGAUGCGCAAAACUCAAGCAACAUCGCGAUCGACUUUCCACCUUUGCCAACUUUGUGCUCAGGGGACGACGAGGAGCACAAACUGAUCCUUGGAGGUGAUCUCAGCCUAAUCAAACAAGAAUCUCAAUUCAGUAAAUCUUUCGAGUCUUCAGCGACAUCUACCCUCGGUGGUCUGCCAAGCUUCGACACAUUCUCUGAUCUCGACGACUCUGAGAACGAGUUCGUCACUGACCUUUCCCGAUUCUCACGUUCGGAAAGCACUUCUUACCUUGGCAACAAGAGACAGCGACUCGACCUCAUCUCAUUUGACGACGAGGAGUUCCUCAGUGAAGACAGUUUCGAGGACUUUGAGAACGUUGACCAAGUUGCGUCGGCCGGACUUCCAACACCUCCUGAAUCCCGGCGCUCCUCUGAAGACGUGUCUGCCAAGAUGAAGACCACCAAGAAGCGGGGUCAGACCAAGAAGUCAGUGAAGAAGACUAGCAUCAAUGCCGACAUAUCUGACUCUGAGCCCAGCAUAAAGCACGAGACGCACUCGCACGCCACUGGCUCGUCACCAGAGCAAGGUUCUGCUGCUCCCGAAACAUCUGAAACUCAUGAUAGCAAUGCUGCCUCUGACAGCAACGCUGUUGCAUCUGGCACUGAUACUGCUGCGACCUCCCUCCAGCCAGUGGCACGUCGAGGCCGCAAACAAUCACUCACGGAUGAUCCAUCAAAGACAUUUGUUUGCAAUCUGUGCUCUCGCCGCUUCCGUCGCCAAGAGCAUCUCAAGCGUCACUACCGCUCUCUCCACACUCACGACAAACCCUUCGAGUGCAAUGAAUGUGGCAAGAAGUUCUCCCGUAGCGACAACCUUUCACAGCACGCUCGCACUCACGGAGCCGGUGCCAUCGUGAUGGGAGUCCUAGAGGAUGGCGAACUUCCACCAACGGAGGCAGGAAGCCCCAUCGACCAUACUGAUACAGGUGCUCUCGGUGCCGUUCUUUUCGAGGCCGCCCAAGCCGCCGCCGCCAACGCUUCAAGCAGCUCUUCAUCCAGCAACAGCUCUCGCCGAGAUAGUACCAGCCCAGCACCAUCGAUCGAGAAUAUCAGGACGAACAGAAAGAGGAAGAGGGAGGAAUAG